GAACCGUGGCACCAUCCAUCGUAGCUUGUUGGAAUUAAUUCAAUGUGCAUAUGUAUACAUUGGUUAUGUGUGCACUGUGCAACAAGUGUAAAUACAUGCGGUUGAACUUGAACUGCAGUGUUCAAACGUGAAAUGUGACAUCUUUAACUUGUGUCUCCGUUUCUUUUUGCUUUCCUCUUUGCAUUUUGGCGUGCGCGUGUAGAAAAUGAGCGCGGACGAUAGAGAAAUUUGCGGUUUCCUCGAUGUUAAGUCAGGAAAACGAUACACCGCGCAAAGAUUCAAGAAGAAAGCUCUGCUAUCGUCGAAGAUCUGGAAACGACUUUGGUGCUCCGUAACGAAAUUCGAGCCCGGCCUCGGCGUGCAAGUACAAUUUGACAGCAAAUUCAGUUGCAGUGCCUUAAAACAGUGCGAGAAUGGCAAUUGUGUCAUAAUACCGCCGAGUGCUGUGAUAUACCGCGUUCGUUCGAAGACGAAGCAAUUUGCUUUCGGCAUAGCAUCAACGAGAGAGAAAAAGCCCAUCCUGUCAUUGUCAGCUAAUUCGGAAACCGAAACACAGCGUUGGAUGGCAAACAUCAGACACUUGUUAAAACCCAGACGAUAUUCCAUGGGAAAGCUUUAUGUGUCUAUCGUUGAUAACGCACAUUCCAAGGCAGCAGGUUUGAUCGGUUUACACGGAGAUCUAAUUGCCAGUGAGAACGGAAUUCUUAUUAAAAAUAUUUAUACGAGUGAAACACUUAAGUCUUUCGAGUGGAAAGAGUUCAGCCACUUUCACCUAAUGACAGCAGGCCGUCCGGAAGAUGUAAAACGUAUCUGCGUGAUACACACGACAAGGGAGUUUUGCUGUGGUGUCGGGGAACUUUAUAUGUUCUGCCUUGACGCUAAUUAUUUGCUACAAGAUUUAGUAACUCAGGGUCGUGGACCAAAAUCUAAACGGAAAUCGAUGGAUCUUGAUAAUGAGAAUGUUGAUGUGUCUGUGCAACGUACUGAAAUUACUAAUCCUUGUAAACAACUGAAAGGCAAUGCAUCACACUGUACUCUUAAUACAAAGUCCAAUUGUUUAAGGACAUCAAUUUGUACAAAAACUAUAGAGAAUAUGUAUCAAUCAGAACCAAAUGUAGUACACAGUGAGGAUAAAGAUUCCUCUAGCCAUGCAGAAUCUAAUACCUCUACUGGUUCUGGAAUUUAUGAGGAAAUUGUAGAAAAUGUAUAUUCUUCUCAGUCAAAAACUGAGAUUAUUUCCAAUGAGUAUCAAAAUAUACGUAAAAAUUUAAACAAGUCACAAACAGAACCUCCGCCAUUACCACCACGACGAAGGCAAAAGUCGAAGCGACUAGAGGAACCUGAGGAAAUUUUAAAUGUUCGAAAAAGGUUACGAAAAAGUACUGAAAUGUACAUGCAAGAAAUUAAGAUGGAUUCCAGUUAUGUUCCAAUGUCACCGCAAACGAGAAACAUUAAUGUAUCCGAGUCGAAUGUCGCAGAAAAUUCAAGAGAAGAUAGCUACGUAAUCAUGCGAUAGCAUUGUUAUCCACGAUAGGCAAUGUAUGAAAAAUAAGGAAUGCAAUUUUAUAGUUCAAAAGUAUAAAACUUAGUAUAAAUUUUUUUACAAAUGUAUGUUAUUGAUUUAUUUUUAUAUACAUAUAUAUAUUAUUUUGAUAAGAUAAAGUCAAUAAUUUUUGACAAAUGUAUCUUAAGAUAUACUGCUUAAGAAAUUAUAUUUGAAUAAAUUUAUAAAUUAUAUUUGGAUAAACUUCUCUUAUAAAGGUUUUACAUAUAUUCCAUCGAACAAUGUGUUGGCCAUUAUGCAGAUACAGAUGUACAGACAUCUAAAAAUAAAAAUUUGAUUAU